CAGGUCGGGUACAGGCGCCACGGUUCAUCGGUCUGCAGGUAGCGACGGAGAGUGUGGUGAGCGAAGGACACACCAAGAUCCUCCAAUGUCAGGCCCUAGGUUACCCCCAGCCAGAGUACAGGUGGAUGAGGGAUGGUGAGCCCCUGGGAGAGUUCUCCAGUGAACACUUCUACAAGAUCUCCUCCGUUACACGGGAUGAUGCCGGCGACUACCGCUGCGUGGCGCGAAACUCUGCCGGGGCUAUAUUUUCCGCCAAGACCUCAUUCUCUGUUGCCUACAUGACUGGCUACAACAACACAGAGGACACAGUGAUAACAGUACAAGCCGGUGAGGCAGCCAUGCUCUCCAUACCUCCUCUUGAGUCAUAUCCUCCACCUUCAGUCACGUGGUUAGCUGAUGACAACUCCCUUCUGUAUGGGAUCAAAUAUGCCACCACAGACCCCGCCAACCAGUUCAUUAUUUUAGCGACUCAGCCCUCGGACAUGAAGACCUACAGUGUUCGCAUCACCAAUACCCAGCUAGGGGUGGAGGAGGUCAGUGGAGGGAUUACUCUGGUAGUGGAAGGAGAUGAGAGAGGGAAUGAGGAACUUCCCCCUUCUAUCAUUGUUCCUCCAAUUAACACAACCAUCAUCAAGGACUCCAGUAUUGCACACUUGCAGUGUAUUGCAAAUGCAAGACCAUUGUAUCAGCUGGAGACACUCUGGUUCAAGGAUGAUGUGCCCAUAGAACAGUCGGGAGUCGUUUUUUCUUUCAAUGGCUUGUGGAAUCGCACUCUUAGCCUCCUCCAAGCUGACCUACACUACGCUGGUGUUUACAAGUGCCAGGUUCGCCUACGUACAAGUAUAGAUGAACCUAUACAAGCUGUGGCACAAGUUGUCAUACAUGAUCGACCAAAAUUAACAAAACAACUGCCUGUAGAUACUUAUGCAGAUUUAGGCAAAACAUUGACUAUUCCUUGUUCUGUGGCUGGGACACCUAUACCCUAUGUUACCUGGUAUAGGGAUGCUGUUAAUGUCAUUACUCUGGAUGAUAACAGGUAUCGAGUCCUUCUCAACGGAUCCCUGGCCAUUUCUGCAGUUCAAGUCAAUGACACAGGAAUGUAUCAGUGUCUGGCAUCUAAUGCUGCAGGAGAAACUUCUGCCUAUACUUGGCUCAAAGUAAAAACGCGAUGGGACGAUCCUUCUUCUAAUCGUGUACACAGGUCCUUGAAAUCGAGGGCCUUUGUUCAGUAUCCUUCUGCUCCCCUUAUGGUGAUGACGCCUGAGAACAUGACUGUGCUGGAUGGCCAGGAUGCUACAAUUUCAUGCCGUGCAGGUGGAGCUCCUCAGCCCAAUGUUACCUGGCUGUAUAAUGAUGACUUAGAGCUGGUGGAAAAUGGUCACUAUCAGAUUCUCAGUUCAGGAGAUUUGCUGAUAGCUGGUGUCAACACACGGGAUGAGGGGAAAUACACCUGCCUUCGCUCCAAUGAAGCGGGAACUGUGUCAGGUGAUGCUUGGCUCUCCAUCCUAGUCAAAACACAAAUAUCACAGCCGCCAGUGGACACGAGGGUUAUACUAGGUCGAGUAGCAUCACUGCAGUGUAAGGUGUCCCAUGCUCCUACAGUGUCAGUCCAAGUCCAAUGGUUUAAUGGAAAUAUUGCCAUUGAUCCUGAGGGAAGUCCUCGCAUCAGUGUGCGACAAGAUGGAACACUGGAGAUACAGGAAGUUAGGGCAGCAGAUGUUGGAUUAUACACUUGUGUGGUCAUAUCGUCUGGUGGAAAUGAAACUCGAUCUGCUCGCUUAGAGGUGAUAGAGCUGCCUUACGCCCCAACUGGUGUACAGGCUGCCCGCACUCCUCGCUUCCCAAAAUCUGUGCAAAUCACCUGGACUCCAACGUUUGACGGAAAUAGUCCGAUAAUAAAAUUCAUCAUUCAGAAAAGAGAAGUUCCCACAGAAGGAGUAGUUGAUGAUUUAGGUCUGAACUGGGUGACGGUGCUGACUAAUGUGAGUGCUGCAGCUAAUGAGGCUAUAGUAGGGGACCUCCGACCCUCCACAGGCUAUCAGUUUCGAGUGUCGGCUGUAAAUAAUGUUGGAGAGGGAUCACCAUCUGAACCAUCCAACACAGUUAUCCUCCCCCAGGAAGCACCAUCUGGGCCCCCCCAAGGGUUGGUUGGCUCUCCCAGAUCCUCAGCAGAAAUUAUGAUCCAGUGGGAAGCACCGCCUGAGGAAGAGAGGAAUGGGGUGGUUCUUGGCUACAUGGUGCGCUACAGACUGUGGGGAUAUAAGGAUUCACAGUGGUACUACCGCAACAUUACCAAAGAGAACCAACACAACUAUCUUAUUGGAGGUUUGAUAAUAUGGAAAGAUUAUGAGAUCCAAGUUGCUGCAUAUAACAUCAAGGGCGUUGGUGUCUACUCACGCAGUAUACGACUCAAGACCAAGGAGGGGAUACCAGCAGCCCCACCCAAGGCAGUCGAGGCUGUUGCUGUCAGUUCAACCACCAUCAAAGUAUCAUGGAAGCCACCUGAUCCCUGGAUGAUUAACGGAAUUAAUCAGGGUUAUAAAGUACAAGCAUGGCGAAAUGAACCAGAGGAUGCCAUUGAACCAGAUAAAACUUUGACAGUUCCUCCAAAUCCAUAUCCAGAUGCUAAUGAAUCUGCAGAACUGACUGACUUAGACAAAUACACAGAGUAUUAUCUCACAGUCCUCUGUUUCACACAUCCUGGUGAUGGCAAGCGCUCCCAACCAAUAAAGCUUCAAACACUUGAAGAUGUCCCAGAUACAGUAGUGAACCUGAAGUUUGAGGAUGUAAGUGAUCGGUCAGUACGGGUGCUGUGGGAUGAACCCGACCAAAGUAAUGGGAUCCUGAAGGGCUACACCCUCUCCUAUAUGGUUAAGGACUCUCCUCACACCAAGAUUGUUCAAAAUUUGACUGCUGAUGUUACAACAUACUUGGUUACUGAACUGUCUGCAACAACCUUCUAUACAUUUGAGGUGUAUGCUUGGACCUCUGUAGGACCAGGCACACCAGUGGUAGCAACACUUCAGUCAGGCGUUGAACCAGUUUUACCAGAGCCACCAACCCGACUGGCUGUCUCAAACAUUCAGGCUUUUUCUGUGGUGCUUCAGUUUACCCCGGGCUUUGAUGGAAAUGCUUCUAUAUCCACGUGGACUGUGCAGGCACAGUCUUCUCGUAGCAGCACAUGGGAAACAAUAUAUGAUGUUUCUGCUCCAGAUGCCUCCACAAUUACAGUUCAAAACCUCAUCCCAUAUACUAAGUAUCGUCUGCGACUCAUUGCAAACAAUGUAGUUGGAGCAUCAUCCCCCUCUGAGUCAUCACCAGAUUUCCAAACCCUCCAGGCAGAGCCAGCUCAUCCACCAUCAAAUAUGACCGUGAGAGCUAUGUCCUCCACUCAGCUUCGAGUUCGAUGGAUACCACUGCAGCAGUUUGAGUGGUAUGGUGCACCUCAGGGUUACCGCAUUCGUUAUCGACCAAUCGGAUGUGAAUGUGACUUUUCUGAAGACUUUGUAUACGACAACACUGCCAACUCACAUCAGCUGGUAGACUUACAAGAAUACACACUUUAUGAAGUGACAAUGGUUGCUGUAAAUGAUAUUGGCCCUUCAUCUUUGGCUCCUGUUGCUAUUGAGAGAACUAGAGAGUCAGUUCCAAGUGCUGGACCAGACAGUGUUAGUGCCAAUGCAACAUCCUCAACAACAAUUGUGGUGCGAUGGAAGGAGGUGCCCAAGAUUCAUCAGAAUGGUAUCAUAGAGGGAUACAAAGUGGUCUAUGUUGGUAAAAAUAUGAAGCCACAAGAAAAGGUGAUCCCAAACAACAAUACCUUCGCUGCGACCAUAACCCAGCUGCGGAAGUAUUACCAGUACACGGUACAAGUGUUAGCCUAUACCAGGUUAGGUGAUGGGGCAUUGUCCACUCCUCCUCUCUUGGUGCAGACUCACGAAGAUGUUCCUGGACCUCCAUCUGAAAUCUCCUUCCCUGAUGUGUCGUUCACGUAUGCCCGGAUCAUCUGGGAUGUCCCUGAAGAACCAAAUGGGGAGAUAACUGCAUACUCCAUUGUUUACCACCUGGCUGACAGCACAGACGUCAACAACACCCUGGAGUUUGGGCCAACUACGCGCACUUACAAGGCUGUUGAGUUAAAGCCUGAAAGCUAUUACAUGUUUUUGGUGAGUGCUCGCACACGGCUAGGUUAUGGCAAGGCCUUGAAAGCUCCUGUGUACACGACAAACAAUAGGGAGCUGCCUGCACCUCCUUCCCGUCCCUCUAUCUCCCAUUCACAAAUCACUUCAAGAACUAUUACCUUCUCCUGGAACCCUGGCAGAGAUGGGUUUGCCCCAAUCAGGUACUACACAGUUCAGUAUACUGAGGGAAAUAGUGGUUGGCAGACUAUUGAUGAAAGAAUAGAUUAUUCAAGUAACAGUUAUACUGCAGAAAAUCUUAAACCCUUUACUGCUUACAAGUUUCGGCUUCGGGCCACAAAUGACAUAGGAGCAAGUGGCUGGAGUGAUGGUAGUGUGGAGGUCAGGACUCUGCCAGCUGCACCCAUUGAACCUCCAACUGAUAUUAAGGUUAUCCCUAUAACAACAAAGAGUGUACGGGUAGAAUGGACACCCCUCUUCCCAAACUCCUGGAGCGGAGAUGACAAGACAGGUGGCUACAGGGUAAAAUACCGGCAGAUGUCGGAUAUCCCCACAGCUUUUAGCAUGCAACAAAAGGAACUGAAGAACACUUUAGCCCGAGAUGUUGUACUGGAGGAUCUUGAGAUGGAUACAAAUUAUGAAGUGUUGGUGGUGGCAUUUAAUGCACAGGGAGAGUCACCUUCUUCUGCCCCCAUCACUGUGUAUGUGGGAGAAGCUGUGCCCACUGGCAAUCCCAAGAAUGUAAAGACUGAAGCUUUGUCAUCUACUGAGAUAAAGAUUUCUUGGGAGCCUCCUGAAGAACAAGACAAAAAUGGAGAACUUCUUGGCUACAAGAUCUUUUAUAGAAGUGAAAAAGACCCAGAAGGUUCUGAUGAGGUUGAAGUAGUUGGAGCUUCAACUACAAAUUAUGAACUCCUGUAUUUGGAAAUGUAUACACGAUAUAUUAUAACCAUCUUAUGCUUCAAUCCUGCUGGGGACGGCCCCAAAUCUGACCCAGUGUACUCCAGGACACUAGAAGAUCUUCCUGGACCUGUUACCAAUCUAAGCUUUACUGAUAUUACAAUGAAUAGCCUAAAAGUGGUUUGGAAUGCUCCAACAAGACCUAAUGGGAAGAUUGUGGGAUAUCUUGUGACAUAUGAAACUGCAAGGCCUGAUGAAAAUUUCAGUAAGCAAGUGAAGCAAAAAGUAACAACAUCCUACUUACUGGUGACGUCACUAGAAGAAGAGGUUGCCUAUGUGUUUAGUGUUAGAGCACAGACCAUUGAUUAUGGUCCAGAGGUACAAGCAAAUGUUACAACGGGUCCUCAGCCUGGAUCUCCAUCACGGCCAAAAGACCUAACACUAACCAAGACAGUGUCUAGUGUUACUUUACAUUGGCGUAAUAGUCACUCGGGAAAAGGCUCCAUUCUUGGUUAUUACAUUGAGGCAAGAAAAAUUGCCGCCAGCUUUGAAUGGCAGAUGUACUCAGACAAGUGGUCAGUACUGAUGAAGACUGAGACGGGUGAGGUUGAGGAGUACACUGUGUCUUACCAGAACUUGCUGCCAUCCACACAGUAUGAAUUCCGCCUUAUUGCUUACAACAUGUAUGGAAUAUCCUUUCCAGCAAUCGCUAUUGAGAAGAUUGUGACUCCAUCUAAGCGGUUUCUAGAGUAUGGGUAUCUCCAGCAGCGACCAUUCUAUCAUCAGACUUGGUUCAUGGUGACACUGGCAGCCAUAUCUAUUGUCCUCAUUAUCAUUGUUAUUGCUGCAUUGUGUGUUAAGAGCAAAACCUACAAAUAUAAACGUAUUGUAGAGGAAUUGUUGUCAGCACAAGAAGCAGCAAACAAGACCAUGGAGGAGUCACUGAACACUGAUGAGACAGCAUUCUCAACUUUUGAGAUGCGACAGUCAAGGCGUGGUACAAUAAGCAAAAGAAGUACCUUAGGCCGCAGGUCAGUUGUUGGUGCCACUGCCGUCGUUAAUGCAAAAUCUCCGCCACGACCGGCUCCAGCAUCCAUCACUUACUCAGACGAGGACACAGUGAAGGGUUAUGAUGAGAAUCCUGAUGAUUCAAGUGAAUUGACUGAAAAGCCAACAGAUUUAUCAUCGACUGCCUCAGAGCAGGAGUCUGAAAGUGAAAAUGAGAGUCAUCACUCUGAACCUCAUUCGUUUGUCAAUCAUUAUGCCAAUGUUAACGACACGCUGCGCCAGUCUUGGCGAAGACAAAAACCAGUUCGCAAUUACUCUAGUUAUACAGAUUCUGAAGCAGAAGGUAGUGCAGUAAUGAGUCUUAAUGGAGGACAGAUUAUCAUGAAUAACAUGGCUGGAUCACGGGCACCUUUACCGGGCUUCUCUUCAUUUGUAUAGUCGAGAAAUUAUAUAGAAAUGUAGACAAUUUGAAAAGACAUACUACUUUAAGUCCACUUUGUAUGUGAUAUAGAGAUGAUGAUCUCAUGGAGAUCUGAAUUAGUGAGAACUGUGGCUCAGGUGAAACCAAGGGAACAAAUUGGUUACUGCCAUGAUGAUCAAGCACCUGCAGCAAGUUUAAAAGAUUGUGUCAAAUGGACACUGGUCCUCAAUGUCUGUGAUAUGUACAGCAGUAGUGUAAAUAUUUUUAGCUUCUAGAAAUCAUCUUCAUAAUCUCUAGAAAUUUCAGUGAUUAUUGACUGACGAACCUUCUGAAAUAGUUGUGAGGUACAUUUGACCUGGUAAAUGUGUUUUAGGAAUAUUUACUUUAGAAGUGACAGUUUUUUUACUGAGCAUUAUUCUGUAAUUGAAUGAAAUCAAAUAGUUUUUGUAAUUAAAAGUCAUAAAUAGAAUUACUUUGAUUACUGAACCAAUGCAAGGAUGUAACAAGACAAGAAUGAAAAGCAAAAAGUUGAGAAAUUAGACAAAAAAUACAUGUGGUUCUGUUAACAAAUUGACCUUAUUUUUGGCAAUUAACCCCAAAGAUUUUUGGGUAAAAAAAAAAAAAAAAUCUACCCCUCUUUGUGACACCCUUGGGUAAAAAUACAGUAAUCGAAUAAAAUUCUUUUGAUACUACCUACAGUAUAUUGCGGAGUGAUGUACGACAUUAAUUCCACAAAUAGCUUGUACAUGUAUGUACUUGUAAAAAAAGAAAAGUGAUCAUCAGACUUUCCUUGCUUCUGCCUAUACUGUACUUGAAACCACAUGUAUUUUGAGGAGAAAUCUUGUUCAAUUGGAUUGUUGCAGAUUUUAGUUUCGAUUUCAUUUAUUAAAUUAUUUUAUUGACUACUUUUCAUGUCAGAUAAUUUUCUUAGAGGUUGGUAUUAAGUGGUUCAGUUUAUUCUAUGCCAAAGCUUGGAGCAUUCAUUAAUAUAAGGACUCUUGACCAUGUGAAUUAACAGUAUUCUCAUGCAUUUAACAGGAUAAUCAAUUUUGAUGUCUUAUGUUUUUAUCAUAAUUUCAUUACCAUAAUCAUUUUGCAUAUAUAAUUCUUAUUACUAUAACAAACAAUCAUAACUUUAAGCAGGCAUUAUUUUAAUAUCAGAGUGAAUGGGAUGAAAGUACUGAAUGUAUACUUACAGUAUAAUGAUGUUGUCAUGUGCAGUUGAUGUGGAUUUGGAUACCAUGAAAUUUUUCUUAAAAUUUAGGGUUCUUCCGUGAACAAGCAAAAAUUAUUGUCAUUGUUAUUCUUUGUAUUUUUAAGGGUAAGAAAGCUUUUCAAAGUUUUAAAUUUUUCUUAGAUUUAAAUGAAAUUUUUGGGAAGUGCAACUUUCAUAUUACCGCAUAGCAUAAUUACCAAUUAUUGAUUUCUAGGUAAAAAUUGUUGUUCCCGUCUUUGUCAAUACAGUAUUAGCAUAUAUGUAUAUAUGUGUUAUAAAUUUAAUUGUAAUGGGCCAAAAGUUCACAAAAUUAACAUUUCUAAGAUUUAGAUCGCUUCACACAAAACAAAUUAUUUAGCGUAGUUGACGAUUUUUUGAUGCUCAAAAUCUUUUAAGGUUCUAGCUGUUGCUUAUGCUGUGUAUGCAGUUAUUAAUGUAGCAAUACUCAGCACAUAAUACACAUGAACAUUUGGUGCUGGAAUCAGUAUGUGGUGUUAAACAUUUGAUGCUAUACUGUAGUGCUGAUGCACACAAUUAUUCUUACAAUACAAUGGUAUCUUUCUGCACAAGUUUUCUAAAGUUGUGCUAUCCACACGGAAAGUAAAAUGAUUGUCUGUACAGUAAGAACUUUUUCUCAGGAUAAUUAUCAGCUUGGUAAAACAAAGAGGUGUAAAUUCCAGACUUAAAAUAAGCAAAUUAAAUGCAGAUUAGAAUAUUAAAGUGUACUGUAUAUGAAUUAGUGCUGGAUUUUAUGGAUAAUUAAUAUUAAAAGUUCAUUUUCAUUUUUGUACAUGAAAUGUGUAACAGGGGUCAACAUAUUGUGGGUUUGGAAUAAGUUGGUUAAUAUUAUGCAAAUUAUGUACAUACAGUAAACUCUUUUAGCCGUAAUCCUCGGAACUCUCCAAUAGCCGGAAUGGAAAUUGGGCCUAAAAAAUUCCAGGAUUAUAAUUUUUAUCAUUCUCUCCCCAGUAAAUCAGUGAAUACAAGUACUGUAUAUACGUGUAGAGGUUUUAAUUGUAUCAAUAUGGCCACUAGAUAUAUUACAGAUGACAAGGCUAUACAACAGUUCCAAGCAACAAAUAUGUAUUUGUCUCUCCACAUCUGGUUUCCUGACCGAAAGUUAGACUUUAGGGAAUUUAAAAUUAAACCUGCCAAUGGCUCUUAAGUAUUACCCUUCCUUGUUUUGCACCCUAUAUAUUUGCUGCAUGCACAAUCAAAUCCACUUUUUUCUGUUUUGCAUCCUUUGUAAUUCGAUGAAAUCUCAAACUUUUAUCAUGUAGUCUGUAUGAUAUGCAUCCAAAUAUGGAGGAUUUAUCAGGCACUGUUAUACGAGUAUACCUUCGCACCAUGACAGCCAACUGGUAACUGAGCUUCCACCCCGGAUUGCCGCCCAGAUGACGUCAUGCUCGGUGAAGGACGAAUUUUCGAAUUGGUAUAAUUAGACUUUGGUGUGUGCCUCAUAAAUUGUAUGUGUUCAGUGGUGAUUGCAUAAAUAAAUACAGAUCCAUGCAAGAUGUGUACAGUAUUUUAGACUCUUGGGGAAAACUUCUCCAGUAGAGGGUUGAAAAUUCUUGGCCAAGUCUUCAGAGAGGCUUCAAGUAAAUCUGUGUACAUUAGAAGGCAUUAAAUAUAGAAGUGCCUAAGGGGAGUACUUUGUGAGUGCAGUGAGAACUGCUAAGGUGCUCACCCACCUUAAAAAGGAAUCACAUUCCAUAUGGUGAAAAUCUAGCCACUAACUUAAAGCCAUUUGCAAGUAGCCAAUUAUAUAUAGUGUCAAGUUUUGUGACUGAGAUGCCCUUUAAUGUAUCUGGAUUAAAGAUAACUUUUGCAUAUGGUCUGAUGAUACACUAAUGCCCUCUUUACUAUAUGGGGUUAGUAUUUCAUGUUAUCAAAAAUAUAUGGCUUGAUAAUUUUUGUUUUUAGAUUAACCUCGACAGUUGAAUCACCUUAAAAUGUUCAAUUUCAUGAAAGGUCUAAUAAUUGUUCUUUUACUUAAAAAAAUAAUGUACUUAAGAACUUUUUGUAAUGUACUUACCUUAACCAAUCAGGUGGGAUUUAAAGAAGUGAGCAGGAGGAGAUGCACAAGGGAGUAGGGGAAAAAGUUCUAUACUGUUGGUAAUCUAUAGUAGUUAAGUACUGUAAUAAUGUCCUGUAAUUUUUUUUUCAGUACAAUGCAUUUUGUAAAUAUAUUCAUAAGAUUUUUCUAAUAAAUGUAUGACCUAU